UUGUCACUGCCAAAAAAGUUGAAUAUAAAUCAGCAGUGCAGCUAUUUCAAAAUAGGAUUAAUAAAUUAAAAUAGAUUUUUUUUUUAAUAAAAUAAAAAUGGUAGGACAUCUAAUGUUGCUAAAAAUGUUGCAUUACAAAUUACAUGGCAGACGAAGAUCGAGAAACAAUGGGAAUUUGGAAUUCGACAAACCGUCCAAAACCCCUUUAAUUAAAAAGGAAAUUAAAUACUUUGACGAUAUUACAAAUACUUGUAGAGUUUGUUUGAGAGAAGGAGAUAUCCCUAUAUAUGGUAAUGCAGUAAUAGAAGAUAUUUCAAAAGAUUUGUGUACGUUCGCCGAAAUUGAAAUCUGCGCUGACGACAGCUAUCCAAAAUUUAUUUGCCAGGCUUGUAAUACGCUUCUCCAAAAUGCAAUAUUACUUAGGAAAACUGCUCAAGAAUCUGACAAGAUUCUACGCCAACCACAUGAAAACAACGAAGACUUGAUUAUUAAUGAUGAAUUUAACGACUUGGAAGAAAACGAUGUGAAUAACCAGUCGAGUGAAUAUUAUUGCCGAAAGUGUGAUUUGAAUUUCGAAUCUUUUGAAGAAUACAGCGAACAUAGACUAUCAGAGGAACAUGAAAAUAUGAGACAAACUUGCCCAAUUUGUAAAAAUUCCUAUGCCACAUUAUAUUUUAGAAGACACUUAGCAUUACAUAAAGUUGAUACACCGUACAUGUGUGAUAUAUGUGGAAAGAAGUUUAUUGUCCAAGGGCAGUUUACAAGACAUAGAAUGACUCAUUUCUAUAACCUUCCAUUUAAGUGUUCCCUAUGUCCGUAUAGAGGGAGAUUUAAGGAGUCACUGAAAAUGCAUAUGCGUUCUCAUACUGGAGAAAAGCCAUAUCAAUGUAGCCAAUGUCCGGCUAGAUUUGUCAACAAAAGUAAUCUUAACAAACAUGUUUUAACACAUAAAGGUGAUCAUGAUUUUAAAUGUGAAUCUUGUGGUCGAGGGUUUUACACUAAAAGAGACUUGGAUUUACACUUCAAAGUAGAUCAUACUGGUAUUAAGGAUCAUGUUUGUAAUAUAUGUGGAAAAGCAUUCGGUUAUCGUAAACAGAUGAUGAAGCAUCAGCUCAAAGUUCAUAAAAGGGAAAAGUUUAGGAGUGGACGUAUGCCUCUAUAUUUGCAAUUUGAAUCUAAAAAAAAUUCAUCUGAAUGAUUUCAUAAAAGAUAUUAUGUACCUUGGGAAAAAAUUAAGAAAUCAAUUUGAUUAGACGUAAAAGCCCAUGAAUAGGCAAAAUGGUCAAUGAUAUGAUGAAUAUGGAACAUAAUAGAAAUUAUUUAUUAGACAGUUAGGGCCUGUUUCACCACUUAUGGAUAACGGUAUUUGAUGGAUGAUGGUAUCCAACAGAUAAAAGUUUUUGAUAUAUAUAUUUCUUUUUUAUUUUUAUUAGGCAUUUCUAUUCGCAAAUAUUAAUCUAACAGUUAUAGUUUAUUAACUGAAGAGAAACAGGUUCUAAUGGCUUAUUUUACCCUCGGAAUAAGUUUUAUCCACAGCCAGAGAAACUGGCCCAUACAAUGAUACAUCUUAAGCAAAAAAACUAUUAAAAAACGUAUUUUAUGUUUUAAGGAAUUACAAUGAACAGUAGUAGACAAUAUAAGGCAAAUAAAAUUUUUUGAAUGAUA